AUGUGACUAUGAGUGGGCACAUUCCCUGAGCAGCUACACCUGCAGCAUCUCACCUGUGUCAGUAGGAGAUUGUGCUGCUCUGUUGAUCCAUUCCCACAGUAUAUAACUAGCAGGGAGUGUUUUCUAGCUGCAGCUGAAUAAGCAGAGAAAAGAAAAAUCUUUUUCUAUUGACUUUUAAGGUAGAGAUGUUCAUGAAAAAAGAAAAAUCUAAUAGCGGAACAUUAUGGUAUUAACCCACAUGUAGAUUUUUUCAGUGAAGAGGAAGAGCUGUACCUUGAAGCAACAUCGACGGUAGACUGUGAAUCUUGGGCAGAGGCGUUCAAUCAAGCAAACUCUGAAAUAUUGCGAGGUGGAAUUACACUGGUCAGAGCAUUAAUAAUGGAAAUCAAAGAGGAACAAGCCUUGGAUGUAGCCCAGAAUCUAAUUUUCCCUGCUGAAGGGGGGAAUCCUGUGGGGCAAGACACAGCAAGGAUUCAGAAAACUUUGGCUGACCCAAAGCUUGAGUUUGCUCUUGCGUGCAAGGAUCUCCUCACUGCUGCCCGUGACCGAAAACUCAACACGUUUGUGCAGAUUUCAGUGGCACAUCCAACAGAGCAAAGUUUAACAAGAUAUGCAAACACUGAAGUGGUGGAGGGAACAAGGGACCCACUGUUUCUGACUGGUGUGACGUUUCCUUCGGAGUAUCCCAUCUACGAGGAAACUAAAAUAAAACUAACCGUAUAUGAUGUCAAGGACAAAUCCCAAGAAACCGUUCUUCCAGAAGCCAGUGAUCCAAGAACAAACAGUGGGAAAAGUCUCCUGGGUUGCAGUACUUUUAAAGUAAGGGAUCUGGUGAAAUCAAAGGAGCAACAACUGUCCCUAAAUCUCAAGACCCUAAAUGGUGGAAAGAAAAUCGGUAAUAUUGAAGUGAGUCUGGUGAAGAUGGGAGAGAUAGAGAAUGGGGAGGCAGAUCAGAUCACAACAGAUGUGCACGGACAGAAGUGUUCUUUGGUUUGUGAAUGCUCUUCACCAGAAGCUAUCAGUGGAAAGGACAAUUUAUUAAAUACAGUUUUCAGGAAUCCCAUCUACAAGUUUUACAGAUUCCCAUCAUCAGAUAACAAGUGGAUAUGUGUCCGGGAACAGAUGGCAGAGAGCAGCAUGUCAUUUCAUAUCCCAAAACAACUGCUCUCCCUAUACAUAAAAGAAGAUACCAGAAGAAUUGAGCAGCUAAAAGAGCUUGGUGACCUUUCUCCACACUGGGACAACUUGCGCCAGAAUGUUCUAGCUCAUUAUGAAGAGAUGGUCUCUGUCUACCAGGAAAGUCUUGAAGAGCUAGAGAAACAUACAGGGUCUUCUUUCAAAUCAAGCUGCAGUAAAGGAGAAAAAAGUCUAGAAUUUGUUCCAAUUAACCUGCACUUACAACGUAUGCGAGUCCAUAGCCAAAAGUUAAAAGAUGCCCUUUAUGAUGUAAUCACCAUUGGAGCUCCUGCAGCACAUUCUCAGGGAUUUAAAAAUGGCGGCCUCAGGAGGCUCCUCAGCAGGUUUGAGGCAGAAAAGAAAAAUACCGGGUACCAGUGUAUUUACUAUUCACCUGAGAACACAGCUAAGGCAAAAGAAAUUCUAAGUAGUAUCAAUCACCUGCAGCCUCUUAUAUCAAGCCAUACAGACCUCCUGCUUAAUUCAGCAAAACAGCACUCUGCAGAGAGCCUAAAGGAUUCUUUAAAGACACUCUCAGAAACGACGGAGCGAUUUGUUCGUUCAUUCAAGGAUCAGCUUAUCAGCAAUGCUCUUUUGGCACUAUCCACGGCAAGGCCAAGUUGCGCCAACAAAAAGCUUACUGAUCCUCUGAGUGACACAGAAGACAAUAAGACAGAUGAGCAGGAUAACUUGCACCAAAUAACAAGGCAAGAUUCCAUACCUCACCUUUCAGACUAUGAUGAGGAAGAAUGGGAUAGGGUGUGGGCCAAUGUGGGAAAAAGUUUAAACUGCAUUAUUGCCAUGACAGACAGACUACUUGAACAAGGCAAUAGCACAAGAGAAAACAAAACUGAGUGUUCAUCUGAAGACAUCACGUCACAACAAAAUGGAGACUGGUAUGAACAGCUGUACCCUCUGAUAAUUACACUAAAGGACUGCGUAGAAGAAGUGGUAGAUCGAGCAAAGAAAUCAAUGACUUUUGUUGUUUUUCAAGAGCUUGCAUGUGGGUUGCCCCAGUGUUUGCAGCUCACCUUUAGAAGAGACGUUGUUUUCAGCCAAGCACUUUCAGGAUUGACCUGUGGUUUUAUAAUCAAGCUACAUUCAAGUUUACACAAUGAAGCCUUUCUACAUCAACUUCAUACUGUGGGGUUACUUGUCCAAUAUGAAGGUCUAUUGAGUACAUACAGUGAGGAAGUUGGGAUGCUAGAAGAUAUGAGUAUUGGCAUUUCAGAUUUAAGGCAUGUAGCAUUUAAGAUCACAGAAGCCACAUCAGAAGAUUUUCUGCCACUUGUUACUGGAAGACGAGAACGCUUUAUGGUAGAGGUCAAGCUUCCAACCAAAAUGUUUGAGUUACUGCCCCAAGAAAUUAAAGAUGGAAAAUUACUCUGUGUUCAUCCAGUCUUUUUUAAUGUUGGAAUUAAUGAACAACAAACGAUUGCAGAGAGAUUUGGUGAUACAUCUUUGCAAGAAAGCAUUAAUCAAGAAAAUGUAGAGCAUUUGGAAGAAUAUUAUAGAAUGUGUAUUGAGAAAGUUCCUUCAGCGUGUCCACAGUUAUUACAGGAACAAAGUGACGUGAAGGAACUCCUUGAAAACCUGCAUCAAAAUACACAAGCCAAAAAGAGGAAGAAUGUAGAAAUUAUGUGGUUGGCAGCUACAAUAUGCCGGAAAAUGAAUGGGGUUCGUUUCACAUGCUGUAAAAGUGCCAAAGACAGGACCUCAAUGUCGGUGACUUUAGAACAGUGCCAGAUAUUACGAGAUGAACACGACCUACACAAGGACUUCUUUGUACGGGCCCUUGACUGCAUGAGGAGCGGACAAGCCCAGGGAGUACUGAAUGAGUCGGAUGAUCCAGAGAAAGGCUGUGUAACAGAUAACAAGCCAACUUCCCGUCACUUCUAUCCUGUCGCCUUGCUUCUUGUCAGCUCUCACUUGUUGGUUGUGUGGCUUAUUCUGAGUCUUGCGUUGCUAUUAGCCAAAUAUCAAUGAUAUGCACUUAGUACUAUUAUAUUUUUUUUUACAAAUAGCUAUGUACUUUGAUUUGUAAAUUAACUGUGUUUGCAUUACUUUAUAUUUCAACCUCAAAAGGCAUCCCUAAACCCAUGUCUAAAGCAAAAAAAAUAAUAUUUUAUGUUUAUUCCUUCCAAUUCUAUAUAUGACUGCUGUUUGUUCAUAUUGAUAAAAAAAAAGACCAGUUUAGAAGAUACAUCAUAAUAAUAGGGCUUAUUUCUUCUCCAUUUUUUGAUUGUUGCCUUAAGCCAGUCAUACACAGGCAGGUCUGCUCAUUUAGUGAUGUGUCAAAACAAAUGGGUCUUUGCUUAGCCUUGCGCCCAAACGGUGGGACAGGUCUGGCUGCCAUUUGUACCAUGUGCCAACUGAUCAAAUCAUGUAGCCUUGUCUGCUGGGAGAGAAGUGUUACCCCAGUUGGCAGUCAGUGUCAGCUUGUGUAUGGCCAGCUUUAGCUGAAUUUUACACCACCAGAGAAUUCAGACUCUUAAGGCAACUUUUGACGGUGGAAAAUGCAGGCUUUUGAACUGUUGCCUAUAUUUGUUACCAAAAUUCAUUCAACAGACUAAAUGCCUUGGAUGGUUGGAUGGCUAACAUGAAAUAUCUUUGUAUCCAUUCAGUUUUUGAUAUAAUAUAUUAAAACUACAACUCACGUGCCCAUUUAAAGGAAUAAAAUGCAUUCUUGUAACAAGAUUUCAUAAUACUAAAAUUUACAAAUAUCUAAUGGGACUGUAUUUUUAUAUAGUAACUGUCUAAAAGGUGACACCCAAGGUUUCCCUAGCUUGUCAGUGCCAUAUAAACUAUUGUGGAUCAAUUUAAUUUUGUAAAGAAAAAACAAGACCCUUUUUUAUUUUUUUUUAACUAAAAUGAAAAUGUAUUCUGUAAUAAAAAGAUAAAAUUAAUUCCAGAGAUAAAAUGGAAACUGAUCACAACAUUCAGUGAACUAAGUGUAGGCCACGUAGCUCAAACGCUUGCACCAAACACUACAUCUUGCACUUCUUGUUCUUGUGCCGCUGCCUUGCAAACUUUGUGCAAGGAGAACAUUGAUACAGGGGAACCCUGGGGCUACUGCCAACUCCAGAGGUGAGCGCCAGAAAUGAAGCCAACCAGACCUUUUAGUGCAAUUGCAUCUGAUCUGAUCAAAACCCAAGCACUAUUGCAUGUAUUUUGGUUAAUUGGCUGUAAUUGUGCCAGAUGCAUCUCCACCUGGGAGCACAAUUAAGCAGAAUUAUGGGGAAAAGACACUGCAUUGUGUCAAAAUGUGCGCUUUGCACACUGCCCCUGGUGUUGUAAAUGACCCCUAAUGUCUUCAUGCAAUUGGAAAAUAAGUGAUUUAGAAAUUACUAUAUAAUACUGUACUUUGGGCCUUUCACCUCUGCCAGGCCAUAGUCUGAGUAUUUCCUGCAUUUAUCAAAAUGCCCUUCUUAUGCCACCUAGCACAACACAUUUAAGGGGUGGUUUAACCUUUAAGAUAACUUUUAGUAUGUUAUAGAAUGUACUAUUUAUUUGUUGUAGUUUUUUAAUGAUUUGCCU